CUCAAGAUGAAUUAUCUCAGCACGCCCGGCAUUGCUUUGGAAGUUGGAAAGAAAGAACAUACGAUAAGAUAAUACUGCUGCGCACAGAAGCGAAAGAGAAAUCAGUUAUGGCGUUAGAACAAAUAAUUGCAUUCACUAACCCUUCCUUCUCGUCAACUCCCAGAACCCCUUUUACUCACAUCCCUGCGAAAUCUCUUUCUUUUCCACUUUUCUCCCCAUCGAAGCAAGUAGAAAUCGCUAAAUUAACUUCGAGUUGCCGUAUAAGAUGCUCAUUCGAUUACAAUACCUCUGGAAAUGGAAAUGGUAGUGUGUAUGAGUAUGAAAGAUAUGCUGGGGUUUCUCAAUACCCACGGCCUUCUGAAAUACAGUGGAAGAAGGAACUUUGUAAUUCAGUGCAGCUAAUUGGUAACGUUGCAGUACCGGUACAAAUUAAGCAUCUCAACUCCGGAAAGGUAGUAGCUUGGACUCGCCUUGCUGUCAGGAAGUCUCAAAACGACACUACUUGGAUUAAUUUGACAUUUUGGGAUGAGUUGGCUAAUGUUGCCAAUCAACAUAUAGAGAAAGGACAGCAGAUAUACGUGUCUGGUCGCCUAAUAUCAGAUACAGUUGAAGGUGAUGAUGGGAAAGCACAGACUUAUUAUAAGGUGGUCGUUCAGCAAUUGAAUUUUGUUGAGAAAAACUCUCCUCCUAUUGCCUCGUAUAAUGGGGACUCUAAUUCCAUGGCACCACGUAAAAAGCAAAAUAAUUAUGCUGCAAAUACCACUGGAUCCACAGAAGAGUUAUGGCAAGCUUUCUUUGCUAAUCCACUAGAAUGGUGGGAUAAUAGGAAGAACAAGAGGAGUCCAAACUAUCCAGACUUCAAGCACAAAGAUACAGGUGAAGCAUUGUGGGUAGAAGGCAGGUAUAAUCCAACAUGGGUGAAAUCUCAACUUGCAGUACUGGAUUCAAAGAUGGAAUCUUUUCAUGAUCAAAAUGGCAGUAGAAAUGUCGAGUUCAUGUCCAUGGAUAAUUUCCAAUUUUAGCUGUUCCCCAUUUGAUUUUGGCUGUACUUUUCAAAUACACUCUUGUAUAGGUUUGUUCCUUCCAUUAGGAACAUAAAAUUUUGUGUUCUACUUGUUUGCUAGUAUUGCUGUUCAAGGAAUUUUGAUUUUCAAUCAGCUCAAGUUUGGGGUUCAUAUAAGCUUCAAACAUUCGUAUGAGAUAAUAGACCUAUUGCUGCUA